AUAAGCAUAAACCACGUCGGCCUAACACUAAGGGUGCGCUUUACGCCGUUAAGCAUUCUCCGAAUCAAAACCCCUCCAAGAAUGGAAAAGUUGUAGAGAGAGAAAGCGAGAAAGAGAGAGCGAUCGCUGUUUGUAUUUUGUUCUUCUUCUAUACAAAUACACAAACCUGUAUGUAUGUAUAUGAUUUGCAUACAGAUGAUACUAGUAACAAUUCUCUAUUUUAGUUCAAAGCUUUCUCAAAUCUGCAUCAUCUCCGUAUAAACUCGUCGUUUCUCUUUUUCCUGGAAUAAUCCAAGGCCGUACCACACCGUCGUCUUUACUUGUCGCGCAUUCGGAUCUCGGAAACAGAAUUUUCUCUUGAAUUUUCUUCUAUUUUCUCUGUAUGCAAUCAAUGGUGAUGGAAGAUAACGAGAGCUGCGGUAGUCGAGUGGUGGAAUCGUCUACAGCGAACUCUCGUCAGCAGAGAAGAAAACUCGAGGUUUACAAUGAGGUCCUCCGUAGGCUUAAGGAAUUAAAUCAUCAGGAGGCUGGAGAACCUGGUUUUGAUGAUGAACUUUGGGCUCACUUUGAUCGUCUCCCCACUCGGUAUGCACUUGAUGUGAAUGUGGAGAGGGCAGAAGAUGUUCUUGUGCAUAAACGAUUACUUCAAUUGGCUCAUGAUCCUGUUAAUAGACCUGCAUUCGAAAUUCGGCUAGUGCAGGUUCCUCCCAUCUCUGAUGGAAAUACAGCUGAUUCUAAUCAUUCAAGCUCUCCAACGAAAGAAGUUGCCCAAAGCGUUCAUCCACCACCUGCCUUUGGUUCAUCUCCAAAUCUCGUAGCUCUUGCACUUGAAGCAAACAAAUCUCAAGUUCAAGAUGGGGACAGUGCUGGUUCCCAGCCCCGGUCAAUGCAUGAAAUUACAUUUUCAACGGAUGAUAAGCCAAAGCUCCUCAGUCAGUUGACAUCCUUACUAGCUGAGGUUGGGCUGAACAUCCGGGAAGCACAUGCUUUUUCUACAGUGGACGGGUAUUCCUUGGACGUCUUUGUCGUUGAUGGUUGGCCUUAUGAGGAAAUUGAGCAGCUCCAAACUGCAUUAAAAAAGGAAUUGUUGAAGAUUGAGAAGCCUUCUUGGCCAGACCAUCUUUUGCCAUCUUCUAUGGGUGACCAGGGGCAAACAGUGAUCAAACAUGAACCUGAUCAUUUGACAAUACCUAAUGAUGGGACUGAUGUCUGGGAAAUUGAUCCUCAACUUCUGAAAUUUGAGAGCAAAAUUGCAGCCGGGUCAUAUGGUGAUCUAUACAAAGGUACAUACUGUAGCCAGGAAGUAGCUAUCAAAGUUCUGAAGUCUGAACGUGUAGGUCCAGACUUGCAGAGGGAAUUUGCCCAAGAAGUAUUUAUUAUGAGGAAGGUUCGGCACAAGAAUGUUGUACAAUUCAUAGGUGCAUGUACCAAACUUCCUAGUUUGUGCAUUGUUACAGAAUAUAUGUCUGGUGGAAGUGUGUAUGACUAUCUCCACAAACAAAGGGGUACUUUCAAACUACCAUCUUUACUAAGAGUAGCAGUUGAUAUAUCAAAGGGUAUGAACUACCUGCACCAGAACAAUAUAAUUCAUAGAGAUUUGAAGGCUGCCAAUCUUCUGAUGGAUGAAAAUGAAGUUGUUAAGGUGGCUGAUUUUGGAGUUGCCAGAGUAAAAGCUCAAACUGGAGUUAUGACAGCAGAAACCGGGACAUAUCGAUGGAUGGCUCCUGAGGUUAUAGAACACAAGCCCUAUGAUCACAAGGCUGACAUUUUCAGUUUUGGAGUUGUAUUGUGGGAGUUGCUCACUGGAAAGCUUCCUUACGAGUAUUUAACCCCAUUACAAGCAGCUGUUGGUGUAGUUCAAAAGGGUUUACGGCCUACCAUCCCAAACAACACUCUUCCAAAACUUGCUGAGCUGCUUGAGAGAUGCUGGCAGCAAGAUCCGACUUUAAGACCUGACUUCUGUGAAAUAAUAGAUAUCCUGCAGCAAAUUGCAAAGGAGGUUGGAGAUGAAGUCAAAGAUAAGUCAUCUGGUGGAUUCCUUUCAAUUCUCAGACGGGGACAUCACUGAAGUGAAGGGGACUAUGACUUUUAUAUUAAUACAUGAGUUAAUUGUGUCCCGUCUACUUUUUCAUCUGCACUGUACAGUUUUUAAUGCUUCUUUUAUUUUUUUUCAUUUUCAUAUGAGGUUAAAAAAAUAAACUUUAUUGAUUUAUUUAACCAGGCAUUCCUUGUUUUUACAUUCCCCCGUCAUAGCAUCAAUCUAAGCCGUAGUGUUGGAGUAAUGUAACCUCAAAAAACUGUUGCUGUUGUUACAAUAACAGUAGUACUGAUGAUAUUUGGUUUCAACACCUUUUUAUUGGGACACCGCCAUCAUACCAUGUAAUUAGACAGUUACAAUUAGGAUUCUUGUACGAUUGUGCCUUAAACAGUUACAGUAAUUGGAGUGUUCUCUCAUGGUUGGGCUGAGUUUUGCUUGUGAAA